AUCAUUCUGCAAAAUGACGUCGUUCCUGCACAUUUGGGGGAUGUCAUCGCAUUUUGUCAAGUAUAAUUCACUCAUUACGAAACCAUUUCAACUCAACCUCCAACACUGAGAGCGGCAGGAUCAGGAGACUUUUCCACUCUGAGAAUUAUACCCUUGAACCAUGGAGGAGACAUCAAGGGUACCGACGGAGCCGAUCUUCCGACCGAUGGCUCAAGAAACCGACGACAUAUCGUACUUCUUCUUCAUAUGGGUGAUCCCCGUUGUCGUCGGGAUCCCCGGAAACGCCCUGGCCAUCAUUGUGGCCAAUCGUAAGCAUAACAGGCAGUUGUCGCCAUGUGUCUACAUGACGGCGAUGGGUGUGGCCGACACGGUGCUGUUACUGGAACGGAUCAUGGCUAUAGUUUUGAAUAAGGUACUUUUGGCGCAUGGCUUUGUCACGGAACCGCUUUGGUGGUUUAGAAUCCAAGUGUACAUCCUCUACACGAGCAGCAUCCUGUCAGGUCUAUUCCUAGCGGGAAUGUCCGUUGAUCGUCUGAUUGCUGUUCGGUUCCCGAUGGAUGCUCAGAGGUUGUGUACCACUUCAAGAGCCAGGACGACUGUGGUUAUGAUGUUUCUUUCCAUAGCUGUGCUAAAUGGACAUCUUUUCUAUGUUCUGCAGUAUUUUUAUGACAAACAACUUGGAAUAUACGCCAUUCUGAUAUUAGCUCCUGACCCAGAGUUAGAAAUUCUUGAGGGAAUUUCGACCAGUUUUCAAUUGGUCGUCGGUACCAUUCUGCCAUUCUUCAUAAUUUUCACUUGUAAUAUCCUCAUCAUCAUCACUCUGAAACAGGCAUCAAAAGCGCGUCAAAGAUUAGAAACGAAUCAGAAAAAUGUCGAAUUAAAAUCGCAACAUCUAACGCGCAUGCUCCUCUUUGUCAGUUUUGCUUACGUCAUCACGACCUUGCCCUAUAGGCUGUACCACUUGACAAUGAAGAUCCCAGUAGUUGCUAAUCUGUAUGAUCUGAGGGUCCUCUAUUGGAGGAAACAGUAUGUCAUUUCGGUUUGGUCACUUAUAAUUGUAUGGAUGUUCAACUAUUCCCUUAACUUUUACCUAUAUUGCAUUGGAGGGGGUAGGAAAUAUCGUGAUGACGCGAAACUUGUCCUAAGCAGGUUAUUUCGGCUUCGAUAA